CGGAGCCCGCGGAGCUGAGCGGCGGCUGCGGCGGCGGCGGCGGCGGCAGGAGCCCGGGAGGCGGAGGCGGGAGGUGGCGGCGGCGCGCGGAGACGCAGCAGCGGCAGCGGCAGCAUGUCGGCCGGCGGAGCGUCAGUCCCGCCGCCCCCGAACCCCGCCGUGUCCUUCCCGCCGCCCCGGGUCACCCUGCCCGCCGGCCCCGACAUCCUGCGGACCUACUCGGGCGCCUUCGUCUGCCUGGAGAUUCUGUUCGGGGGUCUUGUCUGGAUUUUGGUUGCCUCCUCCAAUGUUCCUCUACCUCUACUACAAGGAUGGGUCAUGUUUGUGUCCGUGACAGCGUUUUUCUUUUCGCUCCUCUUUCUGGGCAUGUUCCUCUCUGGCAUGGUGACUCAAAUUGAUGCUAACUGGAACUUCCUGGAUUUUGCCUACCAUUUUACAGUAUUUGUCUUCUAUUUUGGAGCCUUUUUAUUGGAAGCAGCAGCCACAUCCCUGCAUGAUUUGCAUUGCAAUACAACCAUAACCGGGCAGCCACUCCUGAGUGAUAACCAGUAUAACAUAAACGUAGCAGCCUCAAUUUUUGCCUUUAUGACGACAGCUUGUUAUGGUUGCAGUUUGGGUCUGGCUUUACGAAGAUGGCGACCGUAACACUCCUUAGAAACUGGCAGUCGUGUGUUAGUUUCAUUUGUCUACUUUAUAUGUCUGAUCAAUUUGGAUACCAUUUUGUCCAGAUGCAAAAACAUUCCAAAAGUAAUGUGUUUAGUAGAGAGAGACUCUAAGCUCAAGUUUUGGUUUAUUUCAUGGAUGGAAUGUUAAUUUUAUUAUGAUAUUAAAGAAAUGGCCUUUUAUUUUACAUCUCUCCCCUUUUUCCCUUUCCCCCUUAUUUUCCUCCUUUUCUUUCUGAAAGUUUCCUUUUAUGUCCAUAAAAUACAAAUAUAUUGUUCAUAAAAAAUCAGUAUCCCUUUUGUUUGGUUGCUGAGUCACCUGAACCUUAAUUGGUAAUUACAGCCCCUAAAAAAAACACAUUUAAAAAAAACACAUUUCAAAUAGGCUUCCCACUAAACUCUAUAUUUUAGUGUAAACCAGGAAUUGGCACACUUUUUUUAGAAUGGGCCAGAUGAUAAAUAUUUAUGCUUCACGGUCCAUACAGUCUCUGUCACAACUAUUCAGUUCUGCUAGUAUAGUGUGAAAGCAGCUAUACACAAUACAGAAAUGAAUGAGUGUGGUUAUGUAUGUUCUAAUAAAACUUAUUUAUAAAAACAAGGGGAGGCUGGGUUUAGCCUGUGGGCCAUAGUUUUAGUUUGUCGACCAUAGUUUUAGUUUGUCGACCACUGGUGUGAAACCUUAGUUAUAUACGAUCUGCAUUUUCUUGAACUGAUCAUGAAAACUUACAAACCUAACAGAAAAGCCACAUAAUAUUUAGUCUCAUUAUGCAAUAAUCACAUUGCCUUUGUGUUAAUAGUCAAAUACUUACCUUUGGAGGAAUGUAUAAAAUUUCUCAAACUAUCUCAGGCAGAGUCCUGGAUAUAGGAAAAAGUAAUUUAUGAAGUAAACUUCAGUUGCUUAAUCAAACUAAUAGUCUAACAACUGAGCAAGAUCCUCAUCUGAGAGUGCUUAAAAUGGGAUCCCCAAAGACCAUUAACCAAUACUGGAACUGGUAUCUAGCUACUGAUGUCUUACUUUGAGUUUAUUUAUGCUUCAGAAUACAGCUGUUUGCCCUGUGCAUGAAUAUACCCAUAUUUGUGUGUGGAUAUGUGAAGCUUUUCCAAAUAGAGCUCUCAGAAGAAUUAAGUUUUUACUUCUAAUUAUUUUGCAUUACUUUGAGUUAAAUUUGAAUAGAGUAUUAAAGUUGUAGAUUCUUAUGUGUUUUUGUAAUGUUAGCCCAGACAUCUGUAAUGUUUUUGCACUGGUGACAGACAAAAUGUUUUAAAAUCAUAUCCAGCACAAAAACUAUUUCUGGCUGAAUAGCACAGAAAAGUAUUUUAACCUACCUGUAGAGAUCCUGGUCAUGGAAAGGUGCCAAACUGUUUUGAAUGGAAGAACAAGUAAGAGUGAGGCCACAGUUCCCACCACACUAGGGCUUUUGUAUUGUUCUACUCUUUCAGCCCUUUACUUUCUGGCUGAAGCAUCCCCUUGGAGUGCCAUGUAUAAGUUGGGCUAUUAGAGUUCAUGGAACAUAGAACAACUAUGAAUGAGUGGCAUGAUCCGUGCUUAAUGAUCAAGUGUUACUUAUCUAAUAAUCCUCUAGAAAGAACCCUGUUAGAUCUUGGUUUGUGAUAAAAAUAUAAAGACAGAAGACAUGAGGAAAAACAAAAGGCUUGAGGAAAUCAGGCAUAUGACUUUAUACUUACAUCAGAUCUUUUCUAUAAUAUCCUACUUCUUUGGUUUUCCUAGCUCCAUACCACACACCUAAACCUGUAUUAUGAAUUACAUAUUACAAAGUCAUAAAUGUGCCAUAUGGAUAUACAGUCCAUUCUAGUUGGAAUCGUUUACUCUGCUAGAAUUUAGUUGUGAGAUUUUUUGUUUCCCAGGUAUAGCAGGCUUAUGUUUGGUGGCAUUAAAUUGAUUUCUUUAAAAUGCUUUGGUGGCACUUUUGUAAACAGAUUGCUUCUAGAUUGUUACAAACCAAGCCUAAGACACAUCUGUGAAUACUUAGAUUUGUAGAUUAAUCACAUUCUAGAUUUGUGAGUUGAAUGACAAAGCAGUUGAACAAAAAUUAUGGCAUUUAAGAAUUUAACAUGUCUUAGCUGUAAAAAUGAGAAAGUGUUGGUUGGUUUUAAAAUCUGGUAACUCCAUGAUGAAAAGAAAUUUAUUUUAUAUGUGUUAUGUCUCUAAUAAAGUAUUCAUUUGAUAA